CAAGAGAGGAUUUUUGUUCACAACUCUCGUUCACUCCCACUCUCCUAAGCCCUCUCUCUCUCUCUCGCUACGAGAAAUGGUGGUAGCAUCAGCUUUCUCAGCGCCACUGAGCUUCUCAUUCGCUUCUUGCCACAGAACCUCUUCUCUUCAUUUGUUUUCUCUCAGAAACCCAUCGUCAAAGUCCACAGUCUCUGCCUUGCAGAGUCCGUACGGCGAUUCGUUAACAACUGGAUUAUCUAGUAGAACUCGUGGGUCACCUCUAAAGUUUGACGUGAAGGAUUUUGGUGAUACUAGUACAAGUUAUGGUGCAAUAGAAGCCAGAAAAGGGAAUCCACCCAUACUUCCAGCUGUGAUGACCCCUGGUGGACCUUUGGACCUCUCAUCUGUAUUGUUCAGGAAUCGCAUAAUCUUCAUUGGGCAGCCAGUCAACUCAUUGGUGGCUCAACGAGUCAUAUCCCAACUUGUUACUUUGGCUACUGUUGAUGAGAAUGCGGAUAUUCUGGUGUAUUUGAACUGCCCUGGUGGGAGUACAUACUCUGUGUUGGCAAUUUAUGACUGCAUGUCUUGGAUCAAACCUAAGGUGGGAACAGUGUGUUUUGGAGUAGCAGCAAGCCAAGGAGCACUUCUUCUUGCUGGUGGAGAAAAGGGAAUGCGCUAUGCGAUGCCAAAUGCGCGAAUCAUGAUACACCAACCACAGAGUGGAUGUGGGGGUCAUGUGGAAGAUGUGAGGCGCCAAGUGAAUGAAGCAGUUCAAACUCGCCAUAAAGUCGACAAUAUGUACGUUGCUUUUACUGGCCAGUCUCUAGAGAAAGUGCAACAGUACACUGAGAGGGAUCGUUUCUUAUCCGUUUCUGAGGCAAUGGAAUUUGGGCUUAUUGAUGGCGUGUUGGAAACAGAAUAUUGAAUUCAAAGUUUUACCAUUUCAUGUUUGCUGUAAAAUUGAUUAAGUGGGCUGCAUUUACAAAUUAUGAUCGGCAAUUUGUUGUUCCAUUAGUUUUGAAUGCUAUUCUAUGAAGUUGUGACUGUCCAUUAAAAGGAAAAAAAGAAAAAGAAGUGAUUUUGGAUGAUAGAUUCUUUAAGAGGAGUUUGGCUCCAAAAGUAUGGCCAGAGGUAAAAAAAAAAAAAGGCAGAUGAGGAAAUGUAUUCAGGGGUUUUACCAUGAAAGGACAAAUAGGAAGGCGAUGUAAAAAUAGUCCAGCUCCUCCAAAAUUGGACAAACCAAUGACAGGACCGGUUUGUCUAAUUUGUGGAAACUUUUUGUAACAUUUGCUGAUGUACUUAUACUCGAGGUUUUUGUUUUUUGUUUA